UCAACACACACACACACACACACGAGGUUUAGUUCAACACACACACACACACACACCUGAGGUUUAGUUCAACACACACACACCUACCUGAGGUUUAGUUCAACACACACACACACACACCUGAGGUUUAGUUCAGCACACGAUGCAUCCAGGAAGUUUUCGCAGCGCUUCACUUUUCCACAGUUUGUUGACUUUUGGCCUUUUUCCAAAACGGAUUAAUUCAUUAUUUUCCUCAGAAAACAAACAAAACGACAGAGAGGAAGUUUGAAAUCUUUGCAGGUUUAUUAAAAACAAGAGAAGUCACAUGCACAGAGGUGUUCACAGCCUCUGCUCGAUACUUUGAAGCUCCUGUGGCCUCGAGGCUCGGACUACGAUGAUUCAGGCUCGGCACGAAUACGACGGGGCUCAGCAGUGUUCAGGUCUCUCCAGAGAUCGGGUUCAGGUCUGGGCUCUGGCUGGGCCGCUCAGGGACAUUCAGAGUCCCGUAGCCCCGCCUCUGUUACCUGGGCUGAGGGUUGUUGUCCUGUUGGAAGAUGAACCGUGGCCCCGGUCUGAGGUCCAGAGCAGGUUUUCAUCAGGGAUGUCUCCGUACAUUGCUGCAUUCGUCUUUCCCCUCGAUCCGGACCGGUCUCCCAGCACCGCCAUGCGUCACUGUAGGGACGGUGUUGGCCAGGUGAUGAGCGGGGGCCAGGUGUCCUCCGGACGUGACGCUUGCAUUCAGGCUAAAGAGUUCAGUCUGUGUUUCAUCAGACCAGAGGAUUUAGUUUCUCCUGGUCUGGGAGUCCUUCAGGAGCGGUUUCUGGAGCUCCUUCAGGUUCUCGGUCACCUUCCCCCCCCCCCGAUCGCUCAGUUUGUCCGUUCCCGGCUCCAGGAAGAGUCCUGGUGGUUCCAGACUUCCGAUGGAGGUCUCUGUGCUCACUGGGACCCCAGAUCUGGGCCUCGAUGCAGUCCUGUCUCGGAGGUCUACGGACCCGUCCUUGGACUUCAUGGCUCGGCCUGCGCUCUGACGUGCGGCGUUAGCGGUGAGACCUUUUAUAGACCGGCGUGUGCCGUUCCGGAUCACGUCCAAUCAGCUGAUUCACCACAGGUGGACUCCGUAUGAUCAGUGGAAACAGGACGCACCUGAGCGUCAGGACAGACUGUCAACACCUCUGCACCUGGGAUUUAUUUUGUUUCUGAUUUUUAAUAAACUUGCAAAGAUUUCAAACUUCCUCUCUGUCUCGUUGUCGUUUUGGGGUUUUUGUUUGUAGAACUGAGGAAAAUAAUGACUUUAAUCCGUUUUGGAAAAAGGCCGAAACACAACAAUCAGAACGGCCUCUGAAAGAGUCGGCAGGACGAGUGGAAGCAUACUGACGCCUUCAGGGUUGCGUUGGGUUCGGGAAGCAGGAAACAGGAAGCAGGAAACAGGAAGCAGGAAGCAGGAAACGGUCAGGUGUGUAACGUCCGUGUCUCCG